UACAAGUAAAAGAGGUUUUCACGUUGGCGGAAGUGAUGUUUGGAAACGUCUAGUGUCUACGCCUUGCGGCAAAGAUGGCGGUCUUGUUAUUCUAGAAAGAUUGUGUGCUGCAUUGCUGCACCAUUUCGAUGUCAAAAAGUUUCAAAAUCAAACAAAAGCUAAGGUCCAUAUAUGGAGAAGUUUCUUGCGAAGCAUCUAUAAAACUGAACAAGUUUUAUGAAAAAAACUAGAAAAGGUCUCAGACUGUCAUAAUGGUAAAAUACUUCGAAAAUAGUACAAUUUUUCAAUUUAAUUGGAACCAGGUGGCCCAAGGAUUCUGGAAGAGAUACCCAAAUCCAAACAGCUCCCACGUUUUAUCGGAAGACACAGUAUUUAGAGAAGUAAAAAACGGGAAAUUGUACUCGAAACGACUUCUGACAAAAACGAACAGGUUGCCAAAAUGGGGCGAGAGGUUUAUUAGCAAAAAUAUUGUGAAGAUCAUCGAGGAGAGUAUCAUCGAUCCAAAAGGAAAGGUUUUAACGACCUAUACAAGAAAUCUAGGCUACCAGAAAGUGAUGACUGUGGUGGAAAAAGUGGUUUACAGGGUAUCAGAAGAUAACCCAGAAUGGACUGUAGCGAAGAGAUCAGCCUGGAUAGACAGUCAGGUUUUUGGAUUCAGUCGAGCGAUCCAGGCUUUUGGAGUCGACAGAUUUAAGAAAAAUUGUUCGAAAAUGGCCAGCGGUUUCAAUUUCGUCUUGGAAAGCAUGUUUCCUUACACUGCACAGUGCAUGAAACCUGCUCUCGCGCAGAUGAAUUUUGCUGAACGGAUCGAGGAACCGGUAAUUGCUAAGGUAACUCACGCUGCUGAAGAUCUGCAACAUACUUUGCAUGACAAAGCAGAGAAGAUGAAAGACGCAGCUAAGAAAGCAACUGAUUUAGCGAAACAGAAAUCUAGUCCACUUUAUCAAUCGUAAGUGAGCGAUGAAAUUUUUAUGUAACUUUGAUAAUGAGAGAUGAAAUCGAAUUCGUUGAUUGCAACAUAAAGGCCCUAGGCUCUUUGAAUAUUCUCUUUGAUUUAAAAAUCGACUGAUAACAAGUGAUAAAAAACUUUUUCGACUGUGUGAUUUGUAGUUGCACUUUGAUCUGAAUUCACGUGGAUUCGUGAAUCGAAGGGCGGCAACUUAUCUGGGAAUUUGCAAGUGGUUAUUUCUUAACAUCUGUUGAACAAAGAAAGAGCACUUUUUUGUGUGAGUACAUUUCACAAAAAAAAAUUUAGCAUUCCUCUUAAACUGCCAAUCAUCAAUCAAUCAUCUUUCCUUGGCAAAACUCGAUUGCACUUCUAAAUUCUAGAUGAAACAUUUGACGAGGGGAAUGAAUGCGAAUAUUAUUUUAUGGUAAAUGUUAAUCAAUUAUUGUAAAGUAUAAGACAGAAAUCAUCUUUCACUGACUUUAUAUAAAUAUUACACUUAUUCGCAUUAGCAUAUGCAUGCAUCUUUUUUCUAAUUCAUCAACAUCAGAGCGUAAACGUUAAUCUGAAGAUUGAAAAUAUAAUCGAGAUCUCUAAAGGGAAAAAAGAGUUAGGACCGUACAAUAAUAAAUAGAGAAUUAAUUUCAAAAUGUACAUAUUUUACCAUUAGGUUGGGAUUUAGAGAAUGAAUCGUAAUCAUAAAUGUAAAUAGUAUAGGAAUAAAUCUAGAUUUAGGAAUCUGCUUUUUCUCGAAAGAUCAUUGAGAAAUAAAAUAAUGUCAUCCAGCGAAUCCAUGGAGUGUCUAAUAUCUGUUUUAUUAUUUUUCAAGCAGCUACCAUGAAUGCUGAGAUGCUUAUUAGAUGUACUUUUUUAUAUUUAAAGAAUCAUUUCGUAGUUUUUAGUUUAAAGUAAAUUGCCAAUUAUUUUUGUAAUUCUACUUGUUAAAUUUAUUGUAGAUAGAAUAUUAAUUUGGAUCUGUCUUUUCGUCUCGGAAACUUGGAUCACUCAAGAGAUCCGGAAAUCGAAAUUUUCGAAUUUCAAGAUGGGAGAAAAUGGGGUCUUUAUUCUGUUGUUUACAAUUAAUGUAUGUAGGAAAUUGUUAUGGACGGAAUAAAGAAGGUGUUUUAGAGAAAA